GGCCUGUGACUGAACGCAACAAAACGGAAGUUGCUGCCCUGCAACUAAAGAUGGUAGCCAGUUAAGAGUCGAACUAGUAUCGUUUAAGCAAGAUAUUCAUCUCAAUAUAAAAAAAUACAGCGCCGUAGAAAAGGACCAUUAGUCGAAACUGACGAGAUAUAGCCUACCUGCCUUUCCACGUGGAAGAAAACGGGGGACAGAGACAUGCUAACUACGUAGUUGGCUUUUCUUCAAGGAAUCUGGUGUAUGGACUUUCUGCUGUCUUCUACUACUACAGGUCAUCUAAAUUGUAUGGACUUCCUGCUUUCUUCUUCUACUACAGGUCAUCUAAAGUUGUAUGGACUUCUUCUACUACAGGUCAUCUAAAGUGUAUGGACUUCCUGCUGUCUUGCCAUUGAUUUCAUUGUUGUUCCCUCCAGUAGGACAACAUGAGUGGAGAGAAGGAAACAUUGCUGGAUGAAAUCGAACAGAGUUUGCACCGUCUAACCAAGGAUAAUUUACGAUACCUGUGUGAACGUUGUGGAAUAGAUGGCUCCCAAGUUAAAGGAAAGAACCAUCGCUCAUUGCGACGUAAAAUCAUGGAGGAAAUGUGGGAAAAUGCAGAUUCAGUCAAUUCGGAGGAGCAGGGAAUGUCUUGGUUACUCCGACUGAAAGAUGACAUCAGAAAGAUACAUGAAGAAUCUACUGUGGCACCCAUGAGUCCCAGCCAGUCUGAUGAUGAUGAUGCUACAACCUGCGGCGAGGAAUGGGACAUGCAGGACAAGGAUUGGUUUCCUAGCAACGGGCUGGAGGCAGAGCCAGCUCCAGAGAGCCACACUCCAGAGCAGAGGCAUAGGGAUGACAUGUCUCUCCCACCUGCCUCCCCUCUCCCCGAGUCCCCAGGUCCUGCCUCUCCCGCUAGCACAUUACUACUGGGUUUGAAGAGGGUGUCUGUGCGGCUGGUCGACUGCAGGAAAACACUGGGGCUGAGUGGAACUACGAGAGUAGGAGGAGAAGAGAAGGGAUAUGGAGAUUCAGAUUCGAUGUCCACAAGUAAGAACAAUGGGGACAACCCAAAUGGUUGUUCGCUCAGUGGGAGGGUCUUAUCAUCUGGGAAGGUUCCAGGGUUGAAAGUGAUCCAGCGAACUUAUAGCUGUGAUGUAUGUGAGAAGAGUUUCACUCAGUCAGGAAACCUACGAAGACACCAAAGAGUACACACAGGAGAGAGACCAUAUGUCUGUCCUAUAUGCGGAAAGAGUUUCCGUAUGUCAGGAACACUGACUAGACACAAGAGAACACACACAGGAGAGAAACCAUAUGGCUGUCCUAUAUGUGGAAAGCGUUUCCGUAUGUCAGGAACACUGACUAUACACAAGCGAACACACACUGGAGAGAAACCUUAUAGCUGCGAUCAAUGUGGGAAGAGUUUUACUCAAGCUUGUUCCCUGACUGAACACAAGCGAACACACACUGGUGUGAUGUUCCACUGCUCAGACUGUGAGAAGAGCUUCCCUACAUCAGUGAAGUUGAAACGGCACCAGCAUACACACACAGGAGAGAAAUCUUAUCGCUGUGAUCAAUGUGAAAAGAGUUUUGCGAGAGCUUAUUCCCUGACUGAACACAAGCUAACACACACUGGAGAGAAACCAUAUGUCUGUGAUCAAUGUGGGAAGAGAUUUACUAACUCAGGAACACUGACUUUACAUAAGCCAACACACACUGGAGAGAAACCUCGUAGCUGUGCUAUAUACAGCUGUAAGCACUGUGAGUGGAGUUUUGCUCAUUCAGAAGACCUAGCAAGACACCACCAGAGAAAACACAUGUGGGAGGGUAUUCAUGUCUGUGAUCAAUGUGGGAAGAGUUUUGCUAGUUCUGGAGACCUGAAUAUACACAAGCGUAUACACACAGGCGAGAAACAAUAUGUCUGUGAUCAGUGUGGAAAGAGUUUUGCUAGUUCGGGAAACCUGAAUAUACACAAGCGUAUACACACAGGCGAGAAACCAUAUGUUUGUGAUCAAUGUGGGAAGAGCUUUGCUUCAUCGGGAUUCCUGACUAAACACAAGCAUAUACACACCGGAGAGAAACCUUACACUUGUGAACAGUGUGAUAAGAGAUAUGUUUCCAAAGGAGAGUUGCGAACGCACCAGCUUGUACACCCCAGAGAGAACUCUCUUUUCCUGUGUGAUCGAUGUGGGAAGAGCUUCACACACAUGGGAUCCCUGAAUGUACACAUGCGUAGGCACACAGGAGAGAAACCCUACCGCUGCGAUCAAUGUGGGAAGAGCUUUAUUCAGCCAGUAGAAUUGAAAAUGCACCAACGAGUGCACACUGGAGAGAAACCCUACAGCUGUACUCUAUGCAGGAAGAGAUUCGCUCAGUCAGGACUGCUGACUGUACACAAGAGAACACACACUGGAGAAAAACGUUAUAAAUGUGAUAUAUGUGGGAAGAGAUUCGCUCAGUCAGGAAACCUGAAGAGUCAUCAGAAAACCCACACAGGCAGAGCGAGAACCCGCACAGGCAGAGAGAGAACCAACACAGGUGGAGAGAAAAUCCCCACAGGCAGAGAGAGAACCAACACAGGUGGAGAGAAAAUCCCCACAGGCAGAGAGAGAAAUCAAACAGACGGAGGACUGAAUCACCUCCACACCUCCAUUCUCUCAGGCAUCCGUUCUCAUGAUCCCUCUGUAGACUCUGGGUAGACAUCACAGGAUCCCUGUAUUGACUCUGAGUAAACAUCACAGGAUCCCUGUAUUGACUCUGGGUAAACAUCACAGGAUCCCUGUAUUGACUCUGGGUAAACAUCACAGGAUCCCUGUAUUGACUCUGGGUAAACAUCACAGGAUCCCUGUAUUGACUCUGGGUAAACAUCACAGGAUCCCUGUAUUGACUCUGGGUAAACAUCACAGGAUCCCUGUAUUGACUCUGGGUAAACAUCACAGGAUCCCUGUAUUGACUCUGGCUAGACAUCACAGGAUCCCUGUAUUGACUCUGGGUAAACAUCACAGGAUCCCUGUACUGAAUCUGGGUAAACAUCACAGAAUCCCUCUGUAGACUCUGGGUAAAAUAGCCCACUUUGUAUUCCAUAUACAGUGUACAUUGCAUGGAGGCGGCAGAGUACGAAGUGCUGCUGGAUAUGUACGACACAGUCCCCCUCAAUUAAUAUUGGUUAGUAUUUUUGUUACAAUACGAAUAUCCGCAAAUGGUUUUAAUGUGCAUUUGUGCCCGACCACGUCCACUGGGAAUGUUUAUUGGUCAAUAGUGGCCAUGUUUUAAAUUACUAGCCUAGAAUAUAUUGCCUUGUGAGACUUUUGUCCAUAGAGGGACACUAUUAUCAAGUUUCCUACAGAUCAGGUCAUUCGGUUGCAGAGGAGUAACUUUAAGUGUUUUUCACUCAAUUCAAAAUGGCAGAAAAUCCAUCAUGGCGGCCCUUAUGGUUCUCUGAGGCAAAUGUGUUCCUUGUGAGGAGGAGCUCUGCAGACUGUCUCCUGAAGUAAUUUAGCCGCGCUCUGUAGAGUUGCUGUUUUCUCAAUGAACUUGUGACAUUCCUGGAUUAUUCAUUAUAUUAAUGAGGUCUGAUUCAAUCAACAAAUACGAUCGUCCGUUUUGUAAAAAAAAAGGUUAAGGGUCCAAGACCGUGUACAUAUCUGGUGGCUGUGUUGGCAAAAUCACUCCAUAUCCCAUCGUGUCAAGUAGGGAGAGGCUGCCCUUUGUCACAGUUCCAGACCAGUCAGAAACAUCCAGCUAAACCCCUACGUCAAUGACGCCGGUGGAUCUUUAAACUGAUCUUAGGUCUGCGUUAAGUAGCAAUAAAACACGACAGAUGGCUCAAACCAGUCAUGGCUAUUCAACAAAACAAUAAAUCCUUUUCAACUUUCUUUCCAGAAAAAAUCUUAGUUACAUGAUUGUAUAACUAGCAAAUCAAUUUGAAGUUGAGGGUGCAGUAUUUAUGACGUGAGGAGGAAAACAAGCUCGGGUCAGGAUAUAGCUGGGUGCACAUGCUCACUAGACUAAUUCAGGACACUGAUUGUAGUUUUUGAUAUCAGGAGCUGUUGGCAAAGUUUAAUUUAAGCAAUUCAGAUGACACAUAUUUAUGGAGAGCGAAUCGAUAUACAAUCCCGAAAUCAGCUGUAACUGUCAAAGUAAAACAAAGCCCCCCCCCCCAUGGGAUGGUUGAGCUAAUGUGAUUAGCAUGAGGUUGUAAGUAACACAUUUUCCAAGAAAGCAUAAAUUCUUGUUAAUCUAACUGCACUGUCCAAUUUACAGUAGCAAUUACAGUGAAAGAAUACCAUGUUAUUGUUUGAGGAGAGUGCACAUUUAUGAACUUGAAAAUGUAUCAAUAAACCAAUUAGGCAUAUUUGGGCAGACGUAAUACAACAUUUUGAACAGAAAUGCAAUGGUUCAUUGGAUCAGUCUAAAACUUUGCACAUACACUGCUGUUGUCUAGUGCCCAAAAUCUAAAUUGUACCUAGAGUCAUAAGUCACAUAUUGGCCUUUCUCGUGCAUUUCAAAGAUGAUGGAACAAAACAAAAAAAGAAAAUGCAUGUUUUUUUAUUUAUUUGUAUCUUUUACCAGCUCCUGAGUGGCACAGCGGUCUAAGGCACUGCAUCUCAGUGCAA